GCGGGAAGGGGCUGGUGUUGCACGCACAGGGCGGGGCGGGAGUCCCGAAUCGCGGCCGGAGUGGUGCCCACCGGGGCCGGGGGUAGCGGGGCCUUUAAGGGGGCGGGGACGACCCGGGCGCCAGCGACUCUGGCCCCGCCCCCUAGGACUCGGCCCCGCCCCCUUCCCCGCCCCCGGCCGCAGCCUCUCCGGCCACUGCUGGGCAGCGGGCGGGACGCCGGGGGCGGCGCGCGCAGGAGGAAGCGCGCUGGGCCGCGGCCCGGGAGCUGCCCAGACGCCGAGUCGGGAACGCCGGCCGCCGCGUCCCCAUUGCCAGGUGCGCGGGGUUGGGGGCGCAGUCCCGGCGGUGGCUGCCGCGCGCGGGCCGGCAUUUCCUCCCGCUCGCCCCGCCCGGCCUCCCGGCUCCGCGUCCCGGGCCGCGGGCCCGCUCCGCCCGCCGCCCAGAUCCAGCCCGCGACGCCCCUCCACGCCCCCCGGCCGGCCACGCGCGGGCUGAUGUCCUGAGCUCGCCGCCGCGGGCUCCGCGUCCUGCCCGGGCUGCCCUGGGAAGUUGGGCGAGGCGCGCCGGGUAUGCGCCAUCACCAUGUCCCGCCUGGACUCGUGGCUCGGUGAGGUCCAGUGGCUGGUCUUGGUGUCGCUCUUCGUCGUGGCCUUGGGCACGGUGGGCCUGUACCUGGCGCAGUGGGCGCUGGCCAGAGCGCGAGCUCGGCCCCCGCGGCGGGCGGCGCAGCCCGGCGAGGACCCGCGCCGGGAGUCGGAGCCGGACGUGCUGCUCUCCUGGAUUCUGAGGCUGAACAGCUGGCGGAGCCAGUGGCAGGCCGCCUGGGUGGCCGCCCUGAACCAGGAGGCCAGACGCCAAGGGGGCCCGCUGUCCCUGUCCUUCGCCGAGGACCCGCAGCAGACGCCCCUGGAGCUGGUGGUGCAGCAGGUCUCCAGCACGGCCAGGUCGGCCCAGGAGAAGGUGGUGUCCUGUCGCGUGGUGGGCAAGGCCAUCCAAUUCCUGGUCACCUCGGGGCCAGCCUCGCCUGAGGACACCGGGUGCCAGCAAUACAGCGUGCGGCUCGCCCCGCUGCAUUUACAGCUGGAGCUCCGCAUGAAAGAGGAGAGAGAGGACAUUCCGAUCCGGUGGUCCUUCCUCAGCGUGCCGGAGAUGGCCAUCACCAUCCAGCCCCGAGCACCGGGGGAGGACCGGGCCGUGGAGGUGAAGGCAAUAUGUGAAACUCUCAAGGAUAUUUUGAAGUACCUGGUUAGCUCCGCCUCCCCGUCGGUGGUCCUGAGCUCCAAGCCCGUGGACGUGCGGGAAGUCCAGAAUCUCCAGCGCACCUCACCUGCCCCUCAGGAACCCUGCCCUCCCAAACCGCCAAGGGCCCACGACCUCAAAUUACUGGUGAGGAACAUCCGGGCCUCGCUGCUACACGGCCCUGGUGCUUCAGGCCCCGCGAACCUCCGCUGCCACGUUCAGCUGAACGACCCCGUUCAGAAGCUCUCCAGCGCCCUCCCGAGAAACACUACUGACCUCACCUGGGAAGAAGAAUUCACCUUUGAGUUGAACGCCAAGUCGAAGGAGUUGCACCUGCAGAUCUCGGAGGACGGGCAAUCCGCAGAAGCUCCGCUGGCGACGGCGACCAUCCCUCUGGAUUUGUUCAGGAAGCAGCCGUCCGGGCCGCAGAGCUUCCUGCUGACCCGCGGGCCGUCGGCGGACAGCGCGGCCCUGGGGUCGGUCACCGCGGAGUUCUGUUACGUGGAACCCGCGGAGGCGAAAUCCUGGCACACCCCCCCGCCUGUUCCUGCUGCCAAGGUGGAGAAGGACCGCACGGUGAUGCCCUGCGGGACCGUGGUCACGACCGUCACCGCCGUGAAGAGCAAGCCGCGCUUCGACGCCGGGAGGGCGUCCCCGCUGAGCUCGGAGUCUCCGCUGCGGACGCCGGUCAAGGUGAGGGUGAUCGAGAAGGACAUCUCCGUCCAGGCCAUCUCCUGCCACAGCCCUCCCGUCAGCAAAACCUUGUCUUCUUCUGACACAGAGCUGCUGGUGUUGAGUGGCUCCGAUCCAGUGGCCGAGGUCGCCAUCCGGCAGCUCAGCGAGUCCUCGAAGCUGAAGCUGAAGUCGCCGCGGAAGAGGAGCACCAUCAUCAUAUCAGGGAUCUCCAAGACCUCUCUCUCUCAGGACAGUGACGCUGCCCUGAUGCUGGACUACGCGGCCUCCAUGGACAGCAACUGCCAGGAGGACACCGCGUCCCAGCCGGGGGUGGCCGUGGCCUCUGCCCCGCCCGAGGAGAAGGAGGAGGAGGAGGAGGAGGAGGAGGAGGAGGCCUCAGCCCGGGCCUCGCCGGCCCCGGGGCCCCAGGACUGCGAGCUGGCCUCCUGGGACUCGGAGAAGGAGUCGCAGGCUGAGGCGUGGGACGGCCACGCCCCGCUGGACCCCGACGGGGAUGAGCUGUCGGAGAGCUCCCUGAAUGUCUGGGAGCCAGGGGCUCCCAAAAAGCAUAAAGGAGGCAUUUUAAGGAGAGGCGCAAAGCUGUUCUUCCGCCGGCGGCAUCAGCAGAAGGACCCCAGCCUGAGCCAGUCCCACAACGACCUGGUGUUCCUCCAGCAGCCGGAGGGGCCGCGGAGGAAGGGGGCCACGCUCUCCAGGAUCCUCAACAAGAAGCUGCUGUCCAGGCACAGAAGCAAGAUUGCCGUGAACGGCGCCCCCAGGGACCCCGGUGUGUAGGCCGAGGUGGGCGGCCUCCUUCGCGGCGAUGCUGGAGAUGUGGCCCCGCCAGCAGCCCACCAGGACGGAGUGGGGCGCCAGCGCGCUCGUCCGGCUGGGGUUUUCCCGACAGCGUCAUCUUUUGAAGGGGAAGACAAGUCUGACCAGGCCUGCUGACCACCCGAGGCCGGGGGAGAGGGCGGGCUCCGCCCCGUGGCUGAGGCUCAGGUCGGAAGGAGAUUCACUUGAUGAACUAAAGAACAUGCUGCAGGGGGCGGGGUGGGCCGGGGUUGGGCCUCCGUGUCACCCACUCUGCUCUAACGGGUAUUGUUGGGGGUCCACGCCACAGGAGCAGACGACCCUCUGUGCUGUCAGUGUGGACGCUGCGUAGGUCACCUCUUCUGCUGGCUGCUCGGGAUAGAACCCCGCAGCGGGCCCCGGGGCCGGAGCGGUGGGGCCCCGGCAGAUUUGGGUCAGGAGAGAAAUUACGAUAGGAAUGGAGACACUACGACAAAUGUGGGAAGACAUUUGCCUUUGCUAUCAGCCAUAGAACUUGAAAAAUUAUGCAAAUCCUGAAUAUAUCCUAUGCAUAUUACGCUGAACACUUUUCUAAGUGUGCUCUGAGCCUGUUUGCAAGUGGGAGAUACGUAACUUCUUCCGUGGGUUGUACACUUCCUCUGGAGUGUCACAAGCUCGCACCGUGGGCUUUUCCCCGGUCUGGCUCUCACGAAGCAGGGGUGCAGCACGCCUCUCCGGUGCACGUAGGAGCAGUAAGGGGCAGCUGAGGGAACGCGGUGCCCACACCCACAUACCUGCAUUUUCUCUCGUCCGAGGUUGGUUUGCCAAAUAUUGCCAAUAGCUGAAACCAAGUACUUUUAGGGCAAAAGAGGAAAUGAUUUUAUGUCUCAGGUGUGAGUCUUGGGAAGGGAAGUUUAGUGAAAAACAGGCCAGGCUUGCAUCAGAUGCCUCUCAGGAGCGCGUCUGAAUUCUACUGUGAACAGUCUUGGCAGACUUGGGGCGGGGGGGUUGG